CUUAUAGGUCCACCACGGCUCUUCCGUUUGUUCAUGUCACCGUUACCGAAAUGGCCGGUAUAGUCCUUGUUUCUCGUCGGUACCGGAAUUUUGAAUUCUUUUCUGUGCACCGCCUCACGAAAAUACCGAAAUCGAAAACACGGCCGAAAACAACGCCGUCAAACACAAACUAGAUCCGUUCACGAAAUACAAAAUGGCUUAGUGACGUAAUAAUCGUUGUUAUUUUGUUUUGCCGUACGCAUUCGGGCGACGGCGAAUUAUCUCCCGCGCGAAAAACUAUUUUUCCGAGGUUCGUUUUUUGUUCGAAACUCGUCCAAUUUUCCGGAGUUCCGGGUCCACGGAACGAAAUUAUCGCUGAUAAACAAAUUCACGGACCGAGAAUUCUGUCAGAAUGACAAUGCGAACGGCGCAUGCCCGCCAAUCGAGCGCAAAAUCAUGUCGACGGCGCCAAAUUUCAAAUAAUCAAUAAUCGCGGUCCUGCGCCAACAAUUUUAUGCAUUUCAACCAACUACAACCUGUUGUCUGUGUGUUUUAUUAAUUAUACACUCAAAAAGAUGGUGAACGACGAUUUAAACCAGGAGAUACACGACACAUACAAAUAUUUGAUUGAUGAAAACUACAGUGACGAAGAAAUUUAUAGAAUAAUGGCCCCACUUUUAAAAAAAAAAAUCUACCAGACUAUCUUAGUUUUCAUAGUUGUUUUGACAUAUACUUAUUUUUUGACCUACAAUGACAUGUUUAUUUGGAAUAUGCCGUGCUACUGACUAGUCUGAGGAACUUGGAGUAUAAACCAGUUAGUACACUGAGAAAAAAAUGGGACAAAUAAACUGUGUAGCUAAUAUUUUUAUUAAUAGUGAAUAUAUUGUUUAUUACCUCUAAAUAGUCGAAAUAAUAACGAUAAAUAUACUUUAGUAAAACUUUAUGUGUCGGGAAUAAAAAUAUAUUUAGGAUAAAUAAACUGUACCCUUGUCCCUUUAUUAAAAUAUUUUUUUUAUUUGGGAGCAAUAAACUUUUUUCUCAGUGUACUGGUGAAAAUAUAGCGGUAGUUCUAGAAAUAAAAGGUUAGAUUUUGAUGUGAUUGUUAGAUUUGGGAGUUUUAUUGUGUAAUGUUGGUAAUAAAGUUGUAACAACAUUCAUGUCUAUUUUUUCUUCCUUAAGUUGUGGAUUUCUUUGUGCAAAUUCACAUUGUGCCGCAUGUGUUCUUCAUAUUCGAAAUAUGGUUGCAGAUUUUU